AUGUUCGGGUCUGCAAAUAAGAAAGCAAAGACGAAUGCCGGAGCGGUCGUCACUAGCACGUCUGAGAGCUCGGACUCCGUAUCUCCCAAGCCCGUAGCACGCAAAAUUGGGGGAGUAACGCCUUUUAAUGCAAUCCCUCUCAAUUUGGACACGUUCACCACUUCUCUCGACGAGGAAGAAAAACGUCUACUUUCCCUUGAGUGUGCGACCAUGGGGCGGACUUGGCUCAAAGUCCUAACGUCCGAGAUUCGGAAGCCGUAUUUCAUUCAGCUUAAGCGCUUUCUUUGGUCUGAAGGGGUUGAAGGCUCAUCUGAUCAGUCAAAAAAGUCGCCUAAAAUAUUUCCUCCGCCGAAAGACAUUUACAACUGGUCUCGUGCCACUGAGCUGGGAAAGUUAAAGGUCGUCAUCAUUGGGCAAGACCCAUAUCACGGACCUGGCCAAGCUCAUGGCCUGUGCUUUUCCGUCAGGAAAGGCGUCCAGGUCCCUCCAUCGCUUAAAAAUAUGUACCAAGAAAUAGCCUCGAACUAUCCUGGUUUCGAGCCACCGAAGCACGGGGAUCUGACGAGCUGGGCUCAACAGGGUGUGCUGCUAAUUAAUUCGUCUUUGACCGUGCGCGCAGGAGCUCCUGCCAGCCAUGCUAACAAAGGAUGGGAGUUAUUCACUGAUACCGUUAUCAGCCUCAUUGAUAAGUAUGGAGGUAGGCAAGGCCUUGGUUCUCUUUCGAAGACGAACGGCGGCAUUGGAAGAGGGGUCGUCUUCCUGGCGUGGGGUGCCCCCGCUGGGAAGCGUGUUGCUAAGCUCGACAAGAAAAAACAUCUCAUCCUAACCAGCGCUCAUCCAUCCCCUCUUAGCGUGCAUAGAGGAUUCUUCGGAAACGGGCAUUUCAAAAAGGCCAAUGACUGGCUUCAGUCUAAAUAUGGCGUUGAAUCUGUUAUUGACUGGUGCAAAUUAGAUUAG